UUUCGAUUCUCAUUCGGUUUGGGGUUUUUCCUCUUUCUUCUGUUCUGUUUCGCCGGAAAAUCCUUGCCCGCAGCCGAUUUCUUGCCAAUAGGCGUCUAUAGAUAAUACCCAAAUAUUUGGUGUGAUCAGGUCAAAUAUAUUUUCGGAAAAUCAACCGUGAGAUGUGCCUGCUAGCAAUGCUAAUUAAAUACGCAAAUAAUUGCGAAUAAUCAGUGCGAACGUGAGAAUGCCUGGGCUUUAAACGAAAACGGGUGCAACAUCGCCGAUGUCCAAUCCACAGCCAAAUCGGAGUGUCAAUUAUGUGGAAAUAUAUUUACAAAGAUGCCCCAAGAUAUAUCAGUGUCAGUGUGUGUGUGUUUUCGUGUCGUGUCUCCUGGCACUGAGUGUCACUAAAAGUCCGGAGUAAGUGCCUCCGGAGAGGGAGUGCUGUGCUGUGCUGUGUUUCUGCUCUCUUCCAGUCCAGUUCAGUGCGUGUAGAUCAGUUUCCGACAACAUCAAACAAACAAACAAACAGCAAAGCAAAGCGACAAUUCACAUUCAUUUCCAUUCAUUGCUCGCAGUUUGUCUGCGAUUAUCGCCAGUUUUGCUUUCGUUCCACUCGCUUCCACCACGCACGAACCGUAGUAGACAGUGGACAGUGGCCACUACAUACCAUAGGAGAGUGGGUGGGAGGUCGUGUGAAGUAGUGGGCGUGCGAACGAGGAGCUUUCCACAGAAAGUUUCAACGGGAACGCCCACUUAUGACGCCCCCUGUGACGCGUUAUCAGUGCACACACAACAACAAACACAAAGACUUGACCAAAAUCCAUACAAAAUGGCGAUAAGCGCAAGUGCCAGAGAGUUCCCUCGGGCCUAAAUCCCACACAAGAAACUCGUUUAUGCUGCACACCAUCAUCCCCCUUGCCCGAGCCCAACCCCCAGUCCAGGGAACUCCCCACCCGACCACCGGAUACCUUGCUGGUGCGAUAACCCACCAUCUGAAAGUUUGGGUGGCCCAGUCCGCUGAAAAACUCGCACCAAACCCGAAACAAGCGCCUAAGAUGUGUUCCCGCAACAUAAAGAUCUCGGUGGUGCUGUUUCUCGUCUUGAUACCAAUCUUCACCGCCUUGCCACACAACCACAAUCUGUCGAAGCGCAGCAAUUUCUUCGAUCUGGAGUGCAAGGGAAUCUUCAACAAGACCAUGUUCUUCCGACUGGAUCGCAUCUGCGAGGACUGCUAUCAGUUGUUCCGCGAGACGAGUAUACAUCGAUUAUGCAAGCAAGAAUGCUUCGGAUCGCCCUUCUUCAACGCCUGCAUAGAGGCUCUUCAGUUGCACGACGAGAUGGACAAGUACAACGAAUGGCGAGAUACCCUUGGUCGCAAGUAAAAUGGGAUUUGGCACCGUCACUGGCACGAGCACUUAACUUAAUUCUAUAAACUAUAAACUAAAAUAAAAUACCCUAUGUAUUAUUGAUAACUGUGGCAGAAUACGGCACGAACCAAUGGCAACCAGGAAACGAUCAACCCGAGGAAUGUGUAUCCACUUAACAAAAAACAAAAAAAAAAUUACUCUCUCGACUAAAUGCUAAAAAAAGAGAAGCAAAAAAAUG